AUGUAAAAAUACGAAGUUCUUGGCAUCAUAGGUAAGGGUUCUUAUGGAGUUGUACUUAAAGGUUAAAAUAAAGAAACAGGAGAGGUAGAAUAUAUUAAUAAUUUAGAUAGUAGCUAUAAAAUAAUAUAUUGGUUCAGAAGAAGAUGAAAGUAUUAAAAAAACAAUCUUAAGAGAGGUUAAAGUUUUAAAGAUGCUUAAUCAUGAUAAUAUUGUUAAAAUAAAAGAGGCAUUUAGAAGGUAAUUAUUUAUAAUACAUUUAUAGAAAAGGCAAACUUUAUGUUGUAUUAGAAUAUGUUGAAAAAAACUUAUUAGAAUUACUUGAAGAGAAAUCUAAUGGUUUAGAUGUAAAAUUGAAUAAUCAUUUUAGUCUGAAUUAGCAAGAAGAUUUAUUUAUCAAUUAUGUUUAGCUAUUGCAUAUUGUCAUUCACUUGAAAUUUUGCAUAGAGAUAUUAAACCUGAAAACCUUUUAGUAAGUGAUUAGAUGGUUUUAAAAGUUUGUGAUUUUGGUUUUGCAAGAUUGAUACCAUAAAAAUAAGGAUAAUUGACUGAUUAUGUUGCAACAAGAUGGUAUAGAGCCCCAGAACUAUUAUUGGGAGAUGAAUAUGGAAAAGGUGUUGAUAUAUGGGCUAUUGGAUGUAUAAUGGCUGAAUUGACUGAUGGGUAACCAUUAUUUUAAGGCUAAACUGAAAUGGAUUAAUUAUAUUUGAUUUGUAAAGUUUAAAUUACUCUGUAUUUCUUAGUUAUUAGGUCCUUUAACUACUGAAUAAAAAGAGGCAUUUCUUAAAAAUCCUCGUUAUGUUGGAAUGAAAUUUCAUGAAAUUACUAAACCAGAUACUAUUGAAAAAAAGUUCUAAUCUAAGCUUUCAUUAAAAGCCAUUUCAUUUCUUAAAGGUUUAUUGAAAAUGGAUCCUAAUAAAAGAAUGACUACAAUUGAGGCUUUAGAACAUCCUUACUUUGAUGGUAUGAGAGAUGAUUAAUAUUAUUCUUUUUUAAAAGAAUUAAGAGAUAAAGAAUAAAUACCAAAAGAUCGAAUUUAAUCUGCUAAUAAAUAGACUGCAAAAUAAUCUCAAUAAAUUAAUCAAUAAUAAUAAUAAAUAUCUUUAUAAUAAUAAUAAUAAAUAUUUUCAUAACAAAAAGAUAACUUAAUUAGCAAUAAUAAAAGAGCUGAUAAAUCAAAUGAAAGGUACGUACUUUUUUAUUAUUCUUAUUAGAAAAACAUAAUAGAAAGGAAAUAAUAAUGUUUCUGUAGAAAGAGUCAAUAAUUUUAUUAAACCUGCACCUAUCAAAACAGGAGAUAAAAAUACAGUUGAUUGUAAUCCUAAUAAUUAGCCUUCUUAAGAAUCUAAAUCUAUGCCUAAAAAAGAUGUUAAUUCAUAAUUAGGUUUCUUAUAAAAAAAUAUAAUCAUUGGAUAUUAAGAAGGUUAAUUCGAUAAUUUUUUAUAAAAUAAAAUGGGUUAAAAUUAUAAUUAUGAAAUACCAGAAAAUGAUUUAAAUAAUUCAACUGAAGCUGAAAAAAAAUCUAUGAAUCUUAGAAUUAGAGCUAAAAAAAAAUCAUUUAAUCCUGAAAUUAAUGAAGAUGAUUAAAUUACUAUCAUAAAAUUAAAAAGAAAAGAAUAAUAAUAAUAAUAAUAAUAACAAUAAUAAUAAUAAUAAUAUUAACAAUAAAUUCCAGCUUAUUAAGUAAAAAAGAAAUCUACUUAACUCAGAUAAAACUUUUAUCCUACUGAUGAAUAUUCUGGAGAUGAAUAAGAGGUUUAUUAAUCAAAAGAACUAUUAAAUAUACAAAAAGGAUAAAAAUAAUAAUAAUAAUAAUAAUAAUAAUAAUAGUAAUACAACUACAAUAUUGGAGAGUACAGAAAUACUCUAGAAGAUUAAGAUAGGAAUUUAAACAUUGUGUAUAAUAACAUAACUUAUAAUUAUAAUAUUAAUAAUUCUCCUGGAUGGAUGAGUAAAAAAAGAAAUUGA